AUGGAGAAGGCGUUGUGGUUACGGUGGUCUUGCCGCGAGCGGUCCAGGAGCUGGGGCGGCACGCGCUAUCAAUCGGCUUUUGUGGUGAAUUUGAGUCAUUGCUCGCGAACCUUCCACCACAAAACCCGUUUGACCCCGCCAUCUUCAACACUCUCGAACUUUCGAGCACCCACCUCCGCCCUCCGGACUGCAGCCCCGGCUUCCUACUACGCUGCCUCUGCCUUGUUGGAUUACUAUCGAACCCGUCAUCAUCUCCCUUCGCACCUCAAACGCCUACACCACACCAUGACGGAACCCCAGUGGACAGGCCCCCGCGUCCGGGAGACGUUUUUGAAGUUCUUUGAAGAGCGGGGCCACACCAUCGGUAUGUGA